AUAUCCUAUCUUUGGCGGAGGUACAUAAAAAAACUGAAAUGAAUUUCGGUGUCCUCAAUGCUAGUAGCUUUUGUUGCAGCUGUCCUAACAAACGUUAGGCGAUGUGGUUUGGCUGUAGCAGUCUUAUCAGUGAUAACUUCAUAACUCAGAUGUCUGUGGGGAAUCACAACAGAGAGCGGACCUCUUGGAAAUCCCCCCAGUAGAGUUGGUUGUUUCGGAGGACUUGAGUGCGAAGGAGAGCUGUAGCUAGCCUAGCUGCUCGCCCAUGCUAGCGGCAGGCUAGCAGUCAACAGCAUGCAAGGACAUGAGUUUUGUUUUCGCAGCUAGCUAGUUAACUGGCUACUGCUACUCGUAAAAAGGCGAAGAAUAUAACGUACUGGAUUAUUUCCCUGAUUUGUCGCUGCUGUCAGGCGGGACACUCAGUCAGCAUGUUGUCCAACACACCGAACCAGAACCAGCCGGCUUUCCCGAGCCAGCAGCCGCCAAACCUCAACUCCGCUCCUUUCCCUCAGUUCUUCGUAAAACCUCACAGUCCUCUCCAAAUCAAAAAGAAUGCUAUAACAGACGAUUACAAAGUCACAAGUCAGGUCCUCGGCAUGGGUAUAAAUGGCAAAGUGUUGGAAAUAUUCCAGAAAGAAAGUGGAGAAAAAUAUGCACUAAAGAUGCUGCAGGACUGCCCCAAGGCCAGACGAGAGGUGGAGCUCCACUGGAGGGCGUCACUGUGCCCUCAUAUCGUGCGCAUUACAGAUGUUUAUGAGAAUCUCUAUCAGAGCAGGAAGUGCCUCCUCAUCGUCAUGGAGUGUAUGGAUGGAGGAGAACUCUUCACUCAUAUCCAAGACAGAGGGAAUCAUGCAUUUACAGAGAGAGAGGCCUCUGACAUCAUGAAAAGUAUAGGAGAAGCCAUACAUUUCUUGCAUGCCAUCAACAUCGCUCAUAGAGACAUCAAGCCAGAAAAUCUCCUGUACACAUCUAAGAGGCCAGAUGCCAUCCUCAAGCUGACUGACUUUGGAUUUGCCAAAGAAAUCACCACACUAAACUCUCUGGCAACACCAUGUUACACCCCAUACUAUGUUGCCCCAGAAGUCCUUGGUCCAGAGAAGUAUGACAGAUCCUGUGACAUGUGGUCUCUGGGUGUCAUCAUGUAUAUUCUGCUGUGUGGAUAUCCUCCCUUUUACUCCAACCACGGUCUAGCAAUAUCCCCGGGGAUGAAAAGACGGAUUCGCAACGGACAGUACGAAUUCCCCAACCCGGAGUGGUCUGAUGUGUCUGAGGAAGCCAAACAGCUGAUCCGGCACCUCCUAAAAACUGAGCCCACCCAGAGAAUGAGCAUCACAGAGUUCAUGAACCAUCCCUGGAUUAAUCAGUCAAUGGAGGUGCCACAGACACCUCUUCACACCAGCCGUGUGCUGCAGGAGGAACAAGAUGUUUGGGAGGAGGUCAAGGAGGAAAUGACAAGUGCCCUGGCAACGAUGAGAGUGGAUUAUGAGCAAAUCAGAAUCAAAACAAUUGAAGACUCGACUAAUCCUCUGCUCUUGAAGAGAAGAAAGAAAGCGAAAAACACAGCAACACAACCUCCUGGCCUGUGAAACAAAGACUCUGAGAACUCUCACUCACAGUAUCUUUCUCUUCAGAAACUUUGCUAGUCUCCUACUUAUUAUACUCUCUCUUCUUCUACACUGCAUAUACAAACACAUGUACACAUGCACACUCUCACACACUCAUACACACACACUUACAAAAAAUUGUCAACUGGCUCCAAAGUAAUGUUGCCAUGUUUUUUUAAAUGUGUUUUGAACUGCUUUUAUUGCCUUCUGUUAAACUUAGACAAUUUUAUUUCUGGUGAAAAGUAAGAAAUUGUGGAUUACAUCUGUGGUUUUUUCUCUUGUCAACAUAGCGGUAAGAUUUUAUCUCCGGUUACCAUAAACCACUUUAAACCGCUCUCUUUAUAUUGUUACAGCUUUGCCCUGCAUUGCAUAUAUUGCAUUUGGUUAUUUACAUGACAUAAUGGGAUGGGUAGCCUACCUGACAGUCUAUACAGAAUAAUAAAAUACUUUGAAUACUUCUUACCUAUGCACUGGAAAAUAUCCUGUAAGUGCACUGAAGCUUAGUCAGAAAUCCUCUCAGUAGAGGAGCCAAACAUUUCUGUAUAUUAGAAUGUCACUUAUAUAUUUUUUUCAUGUUUGUUGAUGUACAUACUUAGUCACACCUCACAGCAACACUGUUAAUUUUUCUAUGUAUCCACUGAUUUUUGUUGUCAUAAACUCUUACAGAUUGUUUUUAGGUUGUUUUUGUGUUUGUCGGUUGAGUUGUAUGUUUUUUUCCUGCCAAAAUGCCUGUAGCCAGAGUUAUGUUCUUAUUUUUGAAGAGCAUUUAGACAAACGUGCCUCAAGGAUGGUUUGGCAGCAUCACUCUCAUGACAAGGUUUGGCAGCAUCAGUCAUUCGCAUUGCCUUUGAAUGAUCGUCACCACAAACCACAGACUUUUGUUUUGUGUGCUGAUGUUAUGUUAUAAUUAUCCUCCUUCCUUCAACACAGGAAUGUUCUUGCCACAUUGUGGUAGUCCAUCUAAGACUUGUAUUAUUGUCCCAAUAAAGUUGGCACUCAUUGAGUGGCAUUAAUCAUG